CUCCUCUGGGCUCGAGAAACAACCCUUAUUAUCGCGCUUUUGUGAAUCGUAUCAUGGCCUUUCAAUUAAUCAAACAUAUAUUCAACUUUUUCUAUCCCAACGAGACCGAGAAUCAAAAUGAUCCAGAUCGGCCGGGUCCGCUGCUGAGUUUUGGGGACCUCAUACCCUGCUAUGACCGUUCAGGCCAGUGAUUUUGAAAAACGCAUCGAAGCUCGAAACGAAGAAUGGAACGAUAGCAUGCUGUUGAAGAUGGCUUGGGCUGAUCACAUGAUAAGCUAUCCUACCAAUAGCUUCGUGGCUGAUGUCGACCUCGAGUGUCUGACCGCACUAGAAGCAAGGAUGUUCGAGGAUUCCGAAGAAGCAGGACCUGCAGGCAACCAGCAGUGGGGUUUGGAUGCUGGCCAACAUCAUAGGCGAUGGAAUGUGUAUCUCGGAAUUCCUGAUGAAUGGGUUUCUGCAAGAGAUUAUAGCGAGAGUGAACUUGAAGUGAGGAAGACAUUACCUGCUCCGUUCGAUAGAUAUCUAACUUAUGUGAUUGACAGCGCGGCCCCUUAUUCAGUGAUAACUCUGAUGCUACAUCUUUGGAGUCUGCAGACGAGCUAUCCGAAGCUGUAG